AACCAAUCCGAGGGCGCCGUUCUGCGCAUGCCAUGAAAGCCUUUUCAGGCUCGCCACGAAAGGAGACCAGUCUGGGCGAGUUCAAGCCAGGUGUGCCAAGCCCUUGUCAACUCUUACAAAGACGGACAAAACCAGCGCACCAUGGUUGAACACUAACGCCCGAAAAGUCCCAAAACGAAUACAUAUCAAAAAAUGCACUGAUUUGUUAAUUCACUCUACUGUAAAGCUUAAUUAUAAAAUAAUUAAUUAUCACUAAAUUUACAUUUAAGUAUAAAGUUGUAUUCACACUUGUGAAAAACGCACAAAGUUGGGGUCACGAGUUAAGGGGGUUCGCACACUUUUGUGUCAGUGAAAAGUGGGGCCCGCGCCCCUGGGGUCACGACCGUGGAGGAGGAGGGGACGGCGCUGCUCGGGCGGCUGCAGGGGGCGCUGAGGGGGCGCGCGGCCGCCGCCUCGCCCUCGCGCGUCGCCAGCUCCAUCAGGGGUUACCUCACCACCAAGGUUGGCUCGCUGCAGCUCAGAGACACAGGUUCCGAAGUCCCAUUCGAGCAUCGCGCCGUGGGUCCUCGCGUAGCAAAUGAACAGUAAGCGAGAGGCUAGCGCGAUCCACAAGAAGAGGAAAAAAUCAUACAGUCUGGCGAACAUGAGAACAGGAUCUUAUAAGAGAUAAUUGUUGCGGACGUCUGAAGUUAGAAUAAUAAUUAAAGAUGGCGGAAGGACCACAGACAAUAUGGCAGAAGAUCGACCAUACCGUCAUUCCUGUCGUGAACCUCGAGGUCAGGGAGGUUCGCGAGGUACUAUGGGAGAAGAUACAGGAACCCACCUCUCAACGGAAGAUAAUCUUAGUAAUAGUGUCUAUAGCGUUGCUAUUAGACAACAUGUUGUACAUGGUAAUUGUGCCCAUUAUUCCAGAUUAUCUGAGAUACAUCGGUGCAUGGGGUGAAGAAGCAUACGACCAUGUCGUUACCUUAGCACCUUAUAAGGAGGGCAAUAAAACAAUAACACCUACAAAAAUCAUACCAGCGUCCCACGAGGGGCAAGAAUCAGCAACAGGAGUAUUAUUUGCAUCUAAAGCGAUAGUACAACUCAUGAUAAAUCCCUUUUCUGGUGCCUUAAUUGACCGUAUAGGGUAUGAUAUACCCAUGAUGAUUGGACUUAUAAUAAUGUUUCUAUCUACAUCAAUAUUUGCUUGUGGUCGCAGCUACAGCAUGUUGUUCUUCGCCAGGAGUUUACAAGGAGUGGGAUCAGCUUUCGCUGAUACUUCGGGGCUGGCAAUGAUUGCAGAUAGAUUUACAGAAGAAGCUGAGCGAUCUAAAGCUUUAGGUAUUGCUCUCGCUUUUAUUAGUUUUGGCUGCCUUGUUGCACCACCUUUUGGAGGCGCCCUAUACCAGUUCGCUGGCAAGGAGGUUCCUUUCUUAAUUCUGGCAUUGAUAUCUCUAAUAGAUGGCUUUAUGCUAUUGCUGGUAAUGAAACCAUUAAAAACUCAAAUGAAAGAAGCCAGUCAACCCAAGCCGGCUGGCACGCCAAUAUGGAAACUUCUCAUGGAUCCUUACAUUGCUGUCUGCGCCGGUGCACUCAUGAUGUCUAACGUAGCUUUAGCUUUUCUGGAACCAACUAUCUCUCUGUGGAUGGAAGACAAUUUAACGAAAGAUAAUUGGAAAAUUGGCAUGAUAUGGCUUCCCGCAUUCUUCCCUCAUGUGCUCGGUGUAGUAAUCACAGUAAAAAUGGCGAGAAAAUAUCCCCAACAACAAUGGUUAAUGGCUGCUGGUGGCCUGGCUCUGGAAGGUCUAUGCUGUUUUAUUAUACCUUUCGCGAGCUCAUACAAGAUGUUAAUGAUACCUAUUUGUGGAAUCUGUUUUGGUAUUGCUCUUAUAGAUACAGCUCUAUUGCCGACACUUGGUUAUCUCGUCGACGUUCGUUAUGUAUCUGUGUAUGGCAGUAUUUAUGCGAUAGCUGACAUAUCAUACUCCUUCGCAUAUGCAGUGGGACCUAUAAUUGCCGGCGAAGUGGUUGAAGCUAUAGGAUUUACAGCUCUAAAUCUCUUUAUAGCAUUCAGUAACCUUCUAUAUGCACCAGUACUAAUGUACCUAAGGCAUAUCUAUGACUUCAAACCAUUUGAAAAUGAGGCCAAUAUAUUGAUGGGGGAUCCACCAGAAAAAGAAUAUCAAACUUACAGUAUGCAAGAUCAAAGGCCAGUUAAUGGAGAAUAUAAGAACCACCUGGAAUAUUCUAAUGUUCAAGGGCAAGUUGGAGGGAUUCAAGAGUCGAACGUCGACUCCAAUACUGGGAACUACUCAUAUGAUCAAUCUUAUCAAGGAGGCUAUCAGAAUUAUAGUCAGGGCUAUGACCAACAGCAACAACAAGGGUAUCAGCAGGAAUACCAACAGCCUCCAGAACAGGGAUACAACCAGCCGCGGCAGCUGCCCGCUCAGCCGCAGCCAACAGCUAGCAAUCCAUUCCGAGCUGGUACAGCACCAGCGCCAGCCCCAGCCGCCGCGGCUCCUGCGCCGGGGCCUGUCAAGAACCCCUUCCGACAAGGCUUCUAGAACUUCUAAUUCAGUGUUGUUGUCUAUAUUUUUUGAAUUUACUUGUUGUGUAAUUAUAAAUGUCAUAUUUGGGUAUUACUUCGAUCACUGAGCCGCAUCACAUCGGCGGCGAGAGUUAUUUAGUGUCUGACUAGAUGUCUAUUUACUAGCUGUGCUUUGUAACUUACUAAUGUAGUAUAUCGUAGACUGCAUCCAGAAUGGCUGCUGGGGGACAGUAAGAGGAACUCGGAUAUUAUGUAUUUAAAGCAUAAUAUUACAUUUGGACUUCUCGAUAAGGUCAAGGCCUAUCGUAUAAAACUACUUGCUUUAUAAGCUUAUACUUAUUACAAUACUUGUAGUGGUUUAAAAAAUCUGAUACAUUAAUUGCAAAUAUUGCUGCAAACAUAAGCGCUCCUAAGUAAAGUUAAAGUGCUAAAUUGCAAAUUAGAAAGAUUCUAUGGACAAAUAUCUUCGGUAACACUUAAUACCAAUUUUGAAGCUACACUUAGUAUACUCUAUGUCUAUGCUCAAAAUCGACAUAAUGUUCAAAUAGAGUUGUAAUAUAAGCUUAUAACUACAGUAGUUUUAUGCCUCAGGUCUCAUUGAUUAGUUUCUUAGAAGAAUAUAUGAACUAAAGUGCGUACAAAGUGUGAUAUGAGACGUUGCCAUUCUGUACGCGGUUUUCCUUGUUGAUCUUAUAUUGUUCGGAUAUAAUAAACUGUUGAUUAUGCCUUCUAUAAUGUAUAGAUUAAGUUGAUCAAACCAAGGAGAAAUGUCGAUGCGUGACCAAACAUUAUAUUUACGUAUUUUGUUUAGACAUUCGUGUAAGGCCAGCAGGGAUGUGUGCAGCUUACGUGGUUUAAAUACUUAUAGUAAUUAAGAAAUGCGGAGACAAUUUUUGAGAAUGACACCUAAUGAAAGUUAAAUCAACGUACGGUUCAGAAAAGAAGGUUAAGAAAGUAUAUAAAUAUACAUUGUUUGAUAUACACAAAUAAUGUUUUUAACCUCUAUAUAAAAUAAUAUACGAUAAUAAGGAUGCCAGGAUUCAUUUCGAUGGUAUGGUCUGAAUCAGAGCUAUAUCAAUUAAUCUUGAUACAUAUCGAGAAGACGCACAAAUUUGGCAACAGCAAGGAUCCCAUGGCUAUACAUUAAUAUCUAAAACAAAUAUUAAUAAAAAUAGUUCGUAAGGUAGACACUUGUAAAGCAAAAUAAGACCUACGGUACACGGCACAUGGUAGGUUUUAGAGUAAGCGCUAAAAAGCAAAGCACUAUUUAAUGUAAGGGCCUAAGAAAUAAUAUUUAUUAAUCAUUCUUUUGGCACUUAUCAUGUUCAUAUUUUUUUUUUUUUAUUAGAUAUAUGUAAAGUGACUAUGUCUAAAGACAUAUCCAUAUAUUUAAUGGAUAACUUAUAAACAUGGCUAAUAUUUCACGGCACAUUUCAGUGCAAUGAAGAUGUGGUAGUUUUAUUUUAACAUUUUUUCUUAAAUUUCAUAUAUUGUAUGAAAUAAUAUGAUUGAAUUUAAAAUUGCAUAUGUAUUACAUUGAGAUGCAAUUGAAAAUAAAAUAAUUUUACAAAAUAAUAAGAUUAUAGUACGAAUAGGUACAUAAUCACUUCUUUUUUUUGUAUAAUAAAUAAAUGAAGACAUUAACAAAACAAUCUUUUAAAUUAUAAUGACGUAAAAAGAUGGGAUAACAAAAGAAGUGCUAAUUAAAAGUUAUACCCAUUCUCAUAGUUUUUAUUUUAGGAUUAUGACGUGGUUUAUAUCAAAUCAUAGAGACAGCUUUGUCUUGAUCUAUUACUGGUGCGUUGGAAGCAUUUUCUUUCUGUAAUAAAAUUAUUUUAUUUUAAUUUUAAUACAGUUUAAAAAAGAUAUGGAUUUUUAUCCAUGUAUUAAUUGUAGAUAAUCAAGAAAACAUAACAUUUUAAUUAAAAAUACUAAUUACUUAUCACAAUUUGAAACUAUAUUUUUAGAUAUAUCAUUAAAUAACGUAUGAAUAUCAUUAACAGUACAUUGUAAGAUUUUAAAAUUAACGAUUCCCUUUCUACGCUAUAUCAGCAAUAUUACUGUAAGUUCAUCACACUAUUAUAUCAAUUUGACGUUAUAUCAAUUAUAAUAAUCAAUUAAUAUCAAUUAGUAUAGGAACAAUCAACUUGUGAUAAAGUUGCAACCAAGGUAACGAAACAUAUCAGAAUCUUUUGAUUCACUUAGGCUAAGUAGAUUAUUAUUAUAAUUAUUGUGGAAUGUAUAAUUCUCUAAGUGUACAGUGGUAAGUAGACUGUUUAUUGUCGGUAUGGACUGUACAUUUACGUACUUAGGUUAGUAGUAUAUGUUAUUAAUUAGCGUUUACGUGCCACCAAAUACAACACGAUUAACUCAUUCGGAUGGAUGAUGUUUAUUUUUUUUAUAUAACUUUUCAUUAAUAUGUUUAUAUAUUUGCCGGUAUAGUACACAUUUUAUAUAUUAAUUUAAAUAAAUCAGAUUUUUAAAAUACAUUAAUGAAUAAUUUCGUUAAUUAAUCAGUAAUUAGUAUAAAUAUAAUUAAAUAUUCAAUAAUGAUUAAUGUAUGUAAUAAAUUAAAUACACAUUGUAUUUAAUUUCUCAAAAAUAUUAUAUUAAUACAUUUUAAUGAUACGCUUAUAUAGUUUUAAUUUAAUUAACUUGUUUAUAAUUAUUUUCGUUUAUUCCUAUAACAACGAUAUAAAUUUAACAAAGAAGUAAAACAAAUUAACAAGGUUUAUCUGAUAAAAAUACCCAAUAUCAUCCAUCCGAAUGAUGAUGAAACUGUUUGUUUUGCAGAAAUAAAAAAGAGACAAAAUUAAAAAGAUAUCUAAAGUAAUUGUACAAGAAAAUGUGACGAGCCCGAUAUGUCAAUUGAAAGAGUGUAUAAAUAAAAGUGAUUAUUGUGAAUAUUAUUCGUUAAACAGUUGUAUCGAGAUUGCUAAGGUAACAGUUAUUGAUUUGUUGCUUACACGUCAUGCUUGGAAUAUUUCGUGAAUAUAUAGUAAAGAAUGAUUCUUGGCAUUUAAAUUUCAAAAUAAAUUUAGUAUCCAGCCUGCAAAGUACAAUAGUAUUGGUAGUCAAACCUCCAUUGCACAAAAUUAAUUUGGCACAAAACAUUUUACGUAUCUAACUUAAGUAUUAAUGUUUUAUGUAUGUAUUUAGAGAGUUACAUAUCAAAGCCACAUGGUGUCAUACCUUAGUGGGCACGGUCAAUAUCUUUAUUAAAUCGAUAAAACCAAGUGAUCUCUCUUCUAUUAUAUGUAAAUUGUAAAUUAGUCAAUUUUCGUGUCAAAUUCUCCCGAAAUUCAAUUAAUUAGUAGAGUCAGAACAAAGAGUUAUAAUAUUUAAAAUAAGAUAUAAUUGUAUCGUGUAUUUGGAUGUAAUAUUAUAUAUUUUUGUUUUUCACUAUAAUUACUAUAAUAUUAAUAAAAAUAUGAUUUAUUUUCAUGAGUUUAAUUACGAUAUUGAUAUAUUUUAAACGGAAACUUCAAUUGUAGAAAUUAUUGUGUCUGUAAAUUAUAAACAACAAAAAAAAAAUCUUUUAAAAUGAUCCUUCAAGAUAAACUGUUUAUUUAAUUAGAAAAAUUAGAUAUUUAAUUUCUGAUAAUUAAAUUAAUUAAUUAAUUUAAAAUAAAUUAAUUAAUGUAAUUGAAAUAAAACGAGUCAAAAUACACGAUACAAUUAAUAGCAAUAUGUUAUGUUGUGAAUUAUUGUGAAACGUAAUCAAUUCGAUGUGUGUGCAAUUAUAUAUUUUAAAUAUUUAAAUUAAUAUUAUAUUAUGAGCAAUAAGAUGAACCGAUAUCACAUACAUAUCAUUAGGUGUAAGGAUAUAUAUACAAUUUUUAGAUGGUUUUGUAUUUAAACGUCUUUAUUGACAUUAUAUAUUCUUGAUAAUAUAAAACAUAUAUAAAAUUAUCUCUGUGCUGCACAAUUUGUAAUAGACUGUAACGAUUUCUUUAUAUAAUCACACUUAAACUAUUCUUAUUUAAAUUUAAAUAUUAAUUCAUUUAUUGUAUUGUUAGCAAACAACGGUUUUAAAAUCUUUAACUUUUAAUUUGUUAAAACUAUAUAUUUUUAGAUAUUUUUCAUAAAAAAUAUCUAUGAUUAUAACAUUGCUUGAUUCCUAAAAGGUAUUUUAAAUAGAUUGUGAAAAAUGAGAUAUUUCAUUGGAGUGAUCAAACAUUUUGAAGCCAAAAACUCUACCGUAAUUAUUAUUCUACAUUAUAUUAAAUUUAUUAAAAAAAAAAAAUCAAAUAAUGACAUUUAACAUCCUAACAUAUUUCUUUGGAAAUAACAACUUCAAGUGUAUUUUUAUUUUUAUAAUUAUAGUCUAUAUGAAAUAUAAUUUUAAUUUAUUACAUGUAUUAACUAUAAAUA